AUGGCUAUCUACGAAUGGGCGAACGAAGAUCCUAAUAUUUUUUCCAUGGUGAUUCCCUCCAUAUUGGUUUUACCUCCCUAUCUGUUAUCCACCUCCUGUGAUCUUAAGCCUUGUAAAUUCUUUUUCACGGAUACUGGUAUUGACAUACUUCUUAGUUUAUUAGUGUUAUUACAUAUUCCAUUAGGCGUGGGGCUUCUGUGUGGGGGGACUAAGUAUCAACUCUACUUUGCAAUUACCUCUUUUUUCGCUACUCUUGCUAAGUCACUCAAAGAAGUAUGUCUCCCAUCUAGAAAGUAUGAGGAUUCUACUAGAAAAUGGAGGUUGGCUAUCCUUAUUUUCAUACUACUUUCUGCUGCAAUUAUCUGUGGAAUUACAAUAUUUGUAUUUUUAGAAACCUUUAAGAAUUAUUCUACAAGUAUAAAGAAAACAUCUGGCAAUCUGAGAAACCUUUAG